AUGUCAGAAAAUCAGAAAUGGGUCGGCGAAUUCCCGGCGGAGCUCCAGGCUUCCCGGCGGAGGGAGAGGGAGACCAAGGCGGCGUGGUCGCGGCGGCCAAGCAGCGGGAGAAGCGGGCGAGGGACUGGAAGGGAUCGGAGGAGGCGAUGGUCCUUACGGAGCAUCACACCAGCGGCCGCGUGUCUGGGCGCCGCGCUGCGCAGAGGAGCCAGAGCUCCCAGAGCUCCGCGCGCGAACGAGCCCCACCAAACCCCGGAGGACCAGCUGCCAGAGGGGGCGCUGCUGCGCCCGGACGGCGGUAGCGCGGAGCCCCGAGCUGAAUUCAAGGAGGGCUCCCAUGGAAUCUUCGGAUUCCUGGAACCUCAAGAGGUGAUGGAGAUGCUGAGGAAGUACUUUGCCUAG